AUGUCUGUCCUUAUCACGGGAGCCUCUGGGUAUCUCGGUGGCUCGCUGCUUGCGGCACUGCACAACGACGAACUUCCAGAGCACAAAGACAUAUAUGCUCUCGUCAGAUCUCCAGACCAAGCGGAAGCGGUGAAGAAGUAUGGCGCGCGCCCUCUCACUCUCAAUUUACAAGAUGAAGAGAGUGUGAUCAAGAGCAUCGUCGAUGCGCAGAUAUCCGUCAUAUUCUUCCUCGUUGACGCUAUGAACUCCGAUAUGCAGGUUCCCAUGAUAAAAGCCCUCGCAGAAGUCAAGAAGCAAACUGGACGCGAAGUCCACUAUUUGCACACCAGUGGCGCAAAGAUCUUCAGCGAACAUGCGGGGAUGCCUAUCGAUCGACCACUUCCCGAUACAGAUGCUGGUCUGUACAAAUUACAAAAGAGCUCCAAGGCUCCUCAUCAACUCUUAACGCAGGCGACGAACACGAACAAUGUCAUCAUCGAAACAGCGGAGGAACAUGGGGUUCGCAGCUAUAUCUUCAUCCCAUGUAUCGUAUACGGUGAAGGCAAAGGUUUUGGUAACAAAAUCUCGAUCCAAACCACAGCUGUGGUCAAAGCCGCGAAGGGGGCCGGCGCCGUGUACGAUGUCAACCCGGAAGGCUGGACUUGGCCCGUAUGUCAUAUCGACGACAACUCGAAACUGUACGUGGAAUUGCUGAAGAGUAUUCUACGCGACGAGAAUCCAGAAUAUGGCGAGAAUGGGUACUAUCUUGCUUCCUCCGGAAGUGUGGCCUGGUACGACAUAUAUGCCGCAAUGGCGAAAGCGCUUGCGAACCGUGGUAUCAUCGACAGCCCGGAAGUUAAGAUAGCGGAUGAAGCAGCGCUAGAUAAGAUGGCACAGGCCUUGGCUUGCCCUAAAGAUCUUGUUGCAGUUCAGCUGGGUGGGAAGUGA